GCGCGUCUUCAUUCUUUCUCCCUGCCCCUGCCCUCGCCUGCUGAAGGAAGCCGCCUUUUUGGAGUUUGGACUCGGGAGGACAGCCUCCGCACUUUCCGUCCGUCGCGAGGAAUUCCUGCCCGGGCGGGCGUAGAGCAGGGCGAAGCAUUCGUUGGGGACGAACGUUUAGGGCCGGGGAUCGGGGAACACGAGGCUGCGCGUUGGCGCAAGCAAGCAAAUUUUGGGUCCUAGCUUGAAGGACUGCCAUCUUUUUUUUUGGUUGGUGAGCUACACAUCAAAUGUUAAUCCCCCGUUUCCGUACUCUUAUAUUGUGCUUAUUAUUAUUAUCUUCUGUAAUACUAUAGCAUUUAUUCUGUCUGUACAUAGGUGGGAUCAAAUUAUCUGUUAAGGUUCCUUCGUUUAUGAUCUUUUACAUCUAUAAUUUGCAACUCAUCUCUUUGUUUGAUUUGAUUUGAUUGCCCUGCCUGUUGAUGGUGAAACUAGCGUCUGUUUGAUAGAACGCAUUUUUGCCGGCCAGCUCCACUCGAGAAUUUGAAGGAAUUUUACCAACGUGGGGAGCUGAAUUUUUUUUCUGCUCCUCACAUUUUCCACUCUCCACCCGCGCCUGACUGCAGCUGGCUGCGAUCCCCCUAUCUACCACCUGAUUCAUCUUUGUCUCCGUCGGUGCCGCCCUCUCCGCCAGCCUGACCCCAGGGAUGGCUGGAAAAGGAAGCUAUGUACCUCCACAAUAUAUUCCCUUAUACAGCCUAGAUACCGAAGAGGAUCGUGUCCCUGCCGUGGAAGAGAACCAUGCUACGCGCCCUAAACUAAACCAGGAUCCAACACAAUGGUCAUCUGGCAUCUGUGCCUGUUUUGAUGACCCCCAGAGCUGUUGUAUUGGUGCGAUUUGCCCCUGUUUCCUUUUUGGAAAGAAUGCACAAUUCUUGGGAUCUGGAACUCUUGCUGGAUCAUGCACUACGCAUUGCAUGUUGUGGGGCCUUCUCACAAGUCUAUGCUGUGUAUUUACUGGAGGUCUAGUAUUAGCAGUUCCAGGAUCUGCCGUUGCUUGUUAUGCUUGCGGAUAUCGCAGUGCACUAAGAACAAAGUACAAUCUUCCGGAAGCACCCUGUGGCGAUUUGACGACACACUUAUUCUGUCACUUGUGUGCUAUAUGCCAGGAGUACAGGGAGAUCCGUGAGAGAACAGGCAGUGGCUCCUCACCAGCUCCUAAUGUGACUCCACCUCCAGUUCAGACGAUGGAUGAGCUUUGAUCUUUAACUGAUAUGAAUGUAUGUUAUCUGACAAACUUUGGUGUGUGGCCUGGUGACUAGUGCUGCCUUUGCCUGUUGGCAUUUUGACAUAUUUUUGUUCUUGGGCUCUCACAACGCUGCUAUGUUGUUUGUAGAGUUGUAAACACGUUUUGAACUAGUGAACCACUGACAGUUCACGGAAGUUGUAACACAGUUGUACCAUGGAACUGUAGUAGAAUUAAGUGUAUUUUUUUGCUAUUUAUAUAGGUGAGAGGAUGAGAAGGGAAAAGAAAAGAAAUGCGCUUAUCAUGCAGAAUGUUUCAUUGUGUUUAGUUC